GAAAAUUUUGAAUUAUAUCAUUUACACAGGAUAAAUUAAUUCAUAUCUCGUUUAUAUCUAUCUCGAAAUACUGUGGCUCAUCUGCUGACCAAUGAAGCACCAUAUAUGGCCUGACUUUAGAUAUAGAUAAAAGAAGAGAGAUGAGAGGGUGAUAUUAGCAUAUUCUGAAUCACAUAAUUACGCUGAUUAUUACAAUAUUUAUAUCUCCUUAUAUUUCAAAAUUCUCAUAAAUGACCUGAUGUCUUCUUCCUCGUAUGAGAUGUAAGCAAGUCUAUUGGUUAAUUAGCUACUAUCAAGAUGCCCUGCGUUCAAUCGUUACUAGCUGAUUUCAGCAGUUUAAGCACAACCUUACAGUAUAUUCUAGGCGCUAUAGCCUUUGUGGUUAUAUCUAUAGUUCUCAAUGUACUCAGUCAAGUUCUACCAAUAAAGUCUAGUAGCAGCCCUCCUAUGGUUUUCCACAUCGUUCCAUUUAUCGGUAGCACAAUUACUUAUGGUAUGGACCCAUAUAAGUUCAUGUUCGACAAUCGUAAGAAGUAUGGAGAUGUAUUCACUUUCAUCCUUCUUGGUCGCAAAAUGACCGUUGCGCUUGGACCUAAAGGAAAUGAUCUCAUUUUGAACGGGAAACUCAACCAAGUUAGUGCAGAAGAGGCAUACACUCACUUGACAACCCCAGUUUUCGGUAAAGAUGUUGUUUACGAUGUACCAAACAGCGUCCUUAUGGAACAAAAGAAAUUCGUCAAGUUCGGUUUAAGCAGUGAAAACUUGAAAAAAUACGUUGAAAUGAUUCAAGAUGAGACACUCAAAUUCAUUAACCGUGAUGCUGCAUUCAAAGCUUAUCAAGAUAACAAUCCAAAUGGUGGCGAUUUCCACUGCUUCCAAACAAUGUCUGAGAUUACUAUCCUUACAGCAAGUCGUACCCUCCAAGGUAAGGAAGUCAGAGAUGGUCUUGAUAAGUCAUUCGCUGAUAUGUAUCACGAUCUUGACGGUGGUUUCACUCCACUCAACUUUAUGUUCCCAAAUCUCCCACUUCCUUCCUACAAGAGAAGAGAUGUCGCACAAAAGAAAAUGUCAGACUUCUACAGUGAGAUCAUCCAAAGAAGAAGAGAAGAAGGUAGCCACGAAUAUGACAUGAUUGCUUCCCUUAUGGAAUGCAAGUACAAAGAUGGUAGACAACUCAAAGAUCGUGAAAUCGCUCACAUUAUGAUUGCACUUUUGAUGGCUGGUCAACAUACUUCAUCUGCAACUUCAAGUUGGAUUCUUUUCCAUCUUGGUGAUAAGCCAGAAGUCGUUGAAGCUCUCUACCAAGAACAAAAGGAGAAAUUCAUGAAAGAUGAUGGUACAUUCGAACCACUCAACCUUGAUGACAUGCGUGAUUGUCCAAUUCUCAACAGUGUAAUUAAGGAAACAUUGAGAUUACACCCACCAAUCCACUCUAUCAUAAGAAAAGUUAUCAAUGAAAUACCAGUACCACAAUCUUUGAGUGCACCAUCAGAGAAAUCAAGCUACGUUAUACCAAAAGGAAACUUCGUAAUUGCAUGCCCAGGUGUUAGUGCAGUUGAUCCACUUUUAUGGAACAACUCGAACGAGUUUGAGCCAACUAGAUGGACUACCAAGACUAAAGAACAAGAGUUGGCUAACGCUGACGAAACUGGUGAGACUGUCGAUUACGGUUUUGGUGCUAUUUCCAAGGGAACUAGCUCACCAUACCAACCAUUCGGUGCUGGAAGACACCGUUGCAUUGGUGAACAAUUCGCAUACUUGCAAUUAUCAACCAUUAUUGCAACUUUCAUCCGUCAUAUGACGCUUGAAGCAAAGAAUGGAGUUCCUCCACAAGAUUACACAUCCAUGAUUGUUCUUCCACAACCAGGAUCUAGAUUGCACUUUAAGCGCAGAAACUAAUUGGGUAGAUAACAAGCAUAGACAUUUUCAUUAUACUUAAUCGGUACUAUUGUAUGAAACGCAUAUAUAAAUUCUAAAU